CGCGGGGAGCCGCGGGGGCGGCGCGGGGAGCCGGGCGCGCGCCGGGGCCGGCCGGGGCUGCGCGGGGAUUUCGUCAUGGCAUGAAAGAAACCGGUCUCUUACCUGCCGAAAAAAAAAAAGAAUAUGAAUAGAUUGUUAGUCAUAAACUUAAGUGCGGUGCGGUGCAGGCUGAGCUUUAAAGGAGACGCGCCGGGGACUGCGGGGACACCUGCAGCACAGGCGAUGAAAGCGCCCGGCCGCUAGACAGCCGGCUCCCGCGGCACAGCGGCUCCAGAACACUCUGGAACGAGGCACAAUGUCAGUGGCGGGCAUCGCUGCUCAGGAGAUCGGGGCGCCACUGAAAUCUGGGUUUCUGCACAACGGCCAGGCCCUGGGGACACUGGAGAGCUGCUGGGGACCUCGCAGUGACUUCAACAGCUUCCUGGGUCUCGACCCCAUAACCAUGGCCUGCAGGCUGAACUCGGCAGCCCCGGAGCACCUGCCCGGUCUCGGGCGAGCUCCCAAGGCGGCGCGGCUGAGGGGCAGCCUGCCCCCCCUCACCAUCCCCGCGAGCGAAGACCCCGGCCCCUGGGAGGAGGAGCGGCUGGCGGGGGGCCUGAAGAGGCUGUCGCUGAGCACGCCCCCGCUGACGCCCAGCCGGGCCUCGCCCGCCCCGUUCCCGGGCACGGCCCUGGGUGAGCGCGGCUCCCGGCCGCUGCCCCCGCUGCCCAUCUCCGAGGACCUGUCCGGGGACGAGGCGGACAGCGAGGUGCAGUUCCUCACCAGCUCGGACACGGCCCUGCUGCUGGGCCACUGCGCGCUGCCUGACUUCCAGGCCGACCUGCCGGGCCGCCGCAGCUUCCGGGGCUGCGGGCAGAUCAACUACGCCUACCUGGACACACCCGCAGCGUCCGCCACCGACCUGGACCGGGCGCCCGAGGCCGCGGCCGCCGCCAGCCCCGCGCCGCUGCAGGCCCGCCGCCGGCUGCGGCGCUCGCACUCGGGGCCCGCGGGCUCCUUCAGCAAACCCGCGGCCGGCCGCGCCCACGCGCACUGCGCCUCCCCCAACUCCGACGACGACAAGCCCGAGGUGCCGCCGCGGGUCCCCAUCCCGCCCCGGCCCGCCAAGCCCGAUUACCGGCGGUGGUCGGCCGAGGUCACGUCCAGCACGUACAGCGACGAGGACAAGCCCCCCAAAGUGCCGCCGCGGGAGCCCCUGUCCCGGAGCAACUCCCGCACCCCGAGCCCCAAAAGCCUUCCGUCUUACCUCAACGGGGUCAUGCCCCCCACGCAGAGCUUCGCCCCGGACCCCAAGUACGUGAGCAGCAAGGCGCUGCAGCGGCAGCACAGCGAGGGCGCGGCGGGCAAGGCGCCCUGCAUCCUGCCCAUCAUGGAGAACGGCAGGAAGGUGAGCUCCACGCACUACUACCUGCUGCCCGAGCGCCCGCCCUACCUGUGCCGCUACCAGCACUUCCUGUGCGAGGCCGAGGAGCCCGGCGCCCGCCUGCCCGCGCCCCCCGCCGAGCGCCCGGACCCCAAGGCCAGGCUGGAGCUGGGGAGCCCGGGGAAACGCAAGCACGGUGCCUACGUGGUCUCGCCGUAGCCACCCCCGCCCCGCGCUGCCCACACGCUCGCCGGGGGUCCGGCCUGCAGGGCGGGCAGGGGCGAGGACGCCCAGGACCUACCCGCUCGGGCCGUGGGUCUCUGCCCGCUGCAGGGCCCCCGCGCGGACGUGUGCUCUCGCCAUGGCCCUGCGUGCCGUGAGGCCCCCCCCCCACCGUCCUGGAGGGGCCGAGGCUGCUGGCGUCUGUUUCUUCGUGGGGCGGUGGCGGUGGCCGCCCACCCGUCCGUGGCCCCCGGCAGAGCCCAGCCGCCCGCGGCGGAUCCAUUUUAAGCCAUCAUGGGACAGUUGUGUGGUUGCAGGUUCAAGGACGGGAUACGUGUUGUGCUUGGUUUUUAUUUUUUAUUCCUAGACUGUAUUAGAAAACGUACGACACAAGCUGGCCUUGUGUUGCUGGUUCCUCUUCAGUAUUUCCUGGGGCUCGUUUGCUUUGAGAGUAAACCACACGGGAGCAGUGGCGGGCUGCCUUCCCGACGGGCCACAUGCGCCCCCCACCCCCACCCCCGCAGCUCCCCCGCCAGCCUCGGACACACGCCCCCCCCCCCCCACCACCACACCUGCUUCCACGUUCCGGCCUUGUCCAGCGGAGCCCGCGCGGUGCUGACUAACGGGCACAGUACCACGAUGUUCUCUUAACAGUUAAAAGAGCUGUUUACAGUUUCAACUGCUGAGGAUAGUAUUCGAGCUAUUGAAAAGCUUCUAUUUUAGUAUGAACUAAAUGAAGGUUAAAACUUGCUUUAGAGAAAUGCACUGAUCUCUGCAUCGUAUGUACAGUAUUGGACAGAGGACUUUGUUCAUUUUUGUUGCAUUAUUUGGAAUAUUGUCUUUUCAUUUUAAUAAAAUUAUAAUACUUAUUUAUGA